AUGAAGCCACGUUGGUAUAACUGCAAUGGGCACUGUCCUAUAAAGUGCAACCCUUGGAUCUACUGGAUCCUCACUGCUGUGUCCGCUGCCAUCUGCAUUGUCGCCAUCGUCUUUGCUAUCUUGGUCAAGACCACCUAUGAGGGUCAGUACACCAGCGGUGUUGAUGGUAUGCGCUUUAUAGAUAAUACCUAUCAGACAACUGACUGCUCUAAUAUGUUCGUGGGUGAUGCUACUUGCCCUGGACUGGCCUAUCAGGCCUGGCUCAUGAACUCGACUGAGGCCAGAGAUGAGUGUUUAUCGUCGAAAACACCAUCUAAUGCUGCAACUGCGGCCUCAUCUGGUUGGUGUGAUGCUUCCAAAGACGGCUGUUCGAAGCCGGACAUGUGCCUCAAGGGGAUGCCCUAUGACUUCUAUGCCUUCAACGUUACUAACCCUGCCGAGGUCCUCAAGGAUGGGGCCAAGCCCAUUGUGCAGGAGCUACGCCCUAUUCACGCUGCUCAGACUCAAGAGCGUAUCGAGGCCUCGGUUGAUGUCGGUAAGUGGAAUAAGGAGGGUAUUGCCCACUGGAAUGAGACCAACACUUUCGUCUUUGCCGAUAAGGAUGAGACCAAUCUUUUGCAGGAGAAGGUGGUCGUCCCCAACCUCGCUCUUCUGAGUACCGUCACUGAGAUGGGCCAAACUGUGAACACUAUGGACAUGCUACAGAUGCUUGGCACUUGUGGUACCUACCAACAGUUGGCUAACACGGUUAUGGGUAUGAUGAAAUUGGCCCCAGCUGUGAUAUCUAAUCUUAUUACAACUAAGUUCGGCAGUAUAGAGGCUGCGAUUGAGUCUCAGUAUUUUGAUGCUGGCCUGACCCGUAUGCUGGAUGAUGGUGAGAUAAAUAUGCAGGCUGUAGGUGCCAAGCUAGCUCCUCUGGCCAAGGGUAUUGACGUUUCUAGUAUGCUCCCACCGGCUAGUAUGGCGAUCGACUACUUCGCAUAUGCCUUUGGUUGUGUUGCAAAACAGGACGCUGAUCAUAGCUGUAAGUUUAACCCUGAUAGCCAGGCCGAUGUGGACCUCGAGAAGAAGAUCCUCGGGACCUUCUCGGAAACUUCAAGAAAUAAAAUAUUCAACUUCAUGAUGAAGACUAAUUUCACGGAUACUACCGGUGCUGUUGUCGCAAUGAAGAUGUUGGAGAUGACUCUGAAACCAUCUGAGAUCGAGGCGUGGCAUUCCCAAUUAAACUAUGCCGGCUCGUAUGGGCUAUCUAACUAUGACGCUAUGCGGUACACUCUCUUCCCUUACGCUGACCCAAGCAGCGCUGUCUAUGAUGCAGACUACGAGUACUAUCCAAGGUUCAUACGAAUGACAGUGGCUCAGCUUCUGGGGUGGAAUAAUGAGGCUUUCAAGGAUAAGUUCAGCGGUCAGGAAGUGUCGAUGGGCGUUGCCAAACCUGUCGUUGAUGGUGCUCCUACUGAGCAAUAUCGUAGUAGUAAGAUACCUGGUUGGAAGGGCCUCAACUACUACAAGAUGUAUAAUGGCCAGACUCAGAAUUGUGCCUUCGACCGUGACUGUAUGGCUCAGGACUCCUUCAAGAAGGAUGGUACGUGUACAGCUGACGAUGUGUGCACCCCUAACUACGCUGAUGGUUGGGACGCUAAGUUCUUCCCUGGUACGCUGAACGGCAAGGGGACGGAGGAGUAUCAUAAGAAGGACGCCUCGGCCAGGUUGUUCGUGGGGCAAAUCUUCUCAGCGGCAACGCUGAAGAACAUCGAGACUGACGCCGAUUGGGAUGGUGCCAAGGUUGACAAAUGGACACUCGCUGACAUUGACUUUCGCAACGAAAAUUGCGAUGGUGCCAACCCUGAUGAUGCCCAGGGUAUUGACUGUGAUUCGCCUUAUCUCAGCUUUAACCUCGGUUACUUCGCCUCGCCUGACCCAGCUUCUAUUAUGGUCCCGGUGUAUGCCUCUCUCCCUCACUUCGACAUCGUCAAUGGAUCCUCCUCGAGAUCCCAGAACUACUACCCUGGUGACCGUGUGGACAUCCUCUCUUGCAGUGGUGAUCCUGAUUGUGAAGGCGACCGUGACUUCCGCAUCAACGUGUGGACUGAGCCUAUCUCUGGUGCCUUUGUGAAUGGACAACAAAAGCUGCAAAUGAAUGUGAGGUUCCCUCCUACGGCCAACGGUAAGACCGGCGAAAUGACUCAAGACUGCCUCAUACCAGCCUUCUGGCUCAACAAGCACCAAGAGGCGUUCCCCUUCCAGCUUGAUACUGUCAAAGUGAUGCAAGCAGCUCCGGGUAUGUUCGAUGGUCUUAUGGGUGGUCUUAUUGCUAUUGCUAUCAUCUUCUUCAUAGCAGCUCUAAUCAUUGGGUGGCUCGGAUGGCAGAGACGGCGUCAAAUUAAGUACGAGGAGAAGCAACUCCCCGAGAAAAGCUUUAUCGAUGAGGAAGCGUCCCAUGCUUCAGAGAAUGAGCCCCAAAAUGAGCCCGCUAACAUCACAGCUUAGUGUUGAUGAUAUACACUAUUCCGAUGAGGAAAUGUGGAGCUCCUUGUUGUUCUUUUGCCACCUGGUUGUCGCCUUACUACGGUAGUUAUCCGUUCGAAUCAGGUGUGCAUCUUUUGACUUGCUAAUCUGAGGUUAUUAGGUUGCGACUUGUCGUCUUGGACAAGUCCUUCUGAUAACUGUUACUUGUCUCCUGAAGCGCUCUACCUUUGAGUGCUCCCUUUUUCUGUAAUAAAUUAUGCACUUCAAGAACCCAAUGAGCUUUGAAGUGUCUUUCUGCCAGACUGGGACUAGUCGUAGGGCCAACUUGGCCCGCCGAGGAUGUCGUGUGACUAUA